AUGGCUGGAGCGAAGAAGAAGAAGACCAAGCCCGCCGCCAAUCCUGCGAGAGGCUACGCCACCACGUCCGUGGUCUCCAAGACCAGAGUCGAACCGACAGAGAACCCUGCCGAAGUCCCAAAGAAAGGCACAGAUGCUCCCGGCAAAAAGCUCAGCACUGUCCCGCUGCAGCCCUCCGCCGAAACCGACAAGUCCUCGGACGCCGCAGCGAAGAAACCGGAGCUGACCCCAGAGGAGUUCGAGAGGCAGCUGGAAGAGUCAGAGCUCCAGAUUCUUGUGGACAAGUUUGCCCAGAAAACCAGACGGGAUGCCCAGCGCCAGAAGCAGAGGCUGGAAACCGACCGCCGUCUGCUUCGAGGUCAAGCCGAGUCCGUCAACGCGAAGAAAUGGCUGCCCCAGGAGCUCAUGGACCACAUCCUCGACCUCAUACAAGCCGAGGGCCGUUUCUCUGCUUCCAACUCGACAUCAGAAGGGACAGGCGGAGGAAAAAUGCUCUCCGAAGAGGAUCUGACCAUAAAGCUGUGGGCAUUACAACAGACACUGAGGGCGUCAGGGUUCCCCGAGGGCAGAAUACAGGACGCGCUCCAGUACGUCCUUGAUAUCUCGGCAAACAUCACCGGAAUCAACAAAGAUUCUAUAUGGGGUUUGGAAGAGGCUAUGGACUGGUUCGCACGAGAAUGCACCGUUGACGAAUUGCCUGAAUACGACAUCCGCCGCAGACCAGGAGCUACUCCAGCCGACUCUCCAUUACCAUCUGGAGCGACCACUCCUCUUCUCCUUGAACCCGAGGCCCUUCAGAAGGCGAAGAAGAAGAAGGGCGGGUCCAAGGCCUCGCGGUCACCUGGGACAGUCUCACCAAAGCGACAAAUCAUCACAUAUGACAGCGAUAUAGAGCCCGACGAUCUUGUUCCUGUUUACUUGUCUGCUAAAGAAGCACUAUUUACGAUUCAACGACCACAGAGAGAUAACGGAAAGAAGGGGCGGAAGGCCGGUCAGCAGCUUCAAGCACCUCCGGCAGCUGGAGACUCACCCGAUGACUUGGAGGUUGCAAAACUGCUCGCCAAAAUAGAUCGAAUAGAGAAGGACCCCCUUUUUGACGCAGGUCUGGCCAGGAUUCAAUGGGAAUCGAGGCGGAUAGAACUAGAGCGAGAGUACGCUGAGGCCAAGAAACUCAAAGAUGAUGCUGAGACGUCACCAAAAUCAGCCGGGAGCCAACAAGUCGAGCGAGACUCCACGCCGUCCCCUGGUGAUGACAACGGGAACGAAGACGACGAAGACGACGACGACGAAACCACAAAGGAAGCGAAGAAGAUGGCGGCUGAGAUGCUCGCUGAAAAUGAGGAGGAGGAAGACCAGGCACUCUCGGAUCUUUUCGCAGCACUGCCUACCAACGAAGUAGAUGCUACAACGGGCAAGACGAGCACCGUCAUGAACAACAGCGAUGGCUCAAAGGUAACGAUCCGGGAUUUUGGCAAGUGGUCUGGCAUGAACCCGAUGAGGGUCCUAGAAGAAGCUUGCCGAUCAAGAGACGCAUCCUCCAAGCUCUCCUACAUCAAAGUUUCAGAAACUCCUUUUGCCCACAGGCACCUUCUCAGCAUAUCUUGGGCCAAAGCCCAGGAGCCACUAGCUGAACAUGAUGUCCCUGGCAUCGAGGCUGCUUCCUCACCAAACAAAUUUGUGUUCAAGAUGACGGAGGUUGCGACACCUGACGAAAAGCAAUCAGAAGCGUUUAUCGCCACUGCCGCCCUCUUCCUCGCCUUCGGCUCGUCCGCAAAAGAUGAGAAAGUGUCUCUGAAAUUGCCGCCUCAGUGGCGCGACCUCUGGAAUGAGUACGCCGAGGCUAAGAAAACACACGCGGAUGCGCAGGAUCGCGCUGCCAUCAAGGAGCUCCGAAACCUGGUCCGUAAACGACGAGAUCAGGAGGAGGAGGAUGGUGUAUUGAUCCAGGGUGCGUUCCGCGGCCGAAACAAUGGCCGCAACGGCGGUGAUUCUGCCGACGUUCUUGCUGAGAAGCGGAUGUCGGGUAACCCAGAGUACUAUCAGAACAUAUGGCAGAGAAAGAGCAGUACCCCAAGAUACCAGAAAAUGCUACAGUCGCGCAUGCAGCUCCCAAUGUGGAACUUCCGACAGCAGGUUGUGGAAGCAGUCGAUCGAGAGCAAGUCGUCAUCGUCUGUGGGGAGACAGGAUGCGGCAAGAGUACGCAAGUACCUUCUUUUCUGUUGGAGCACCAGCUAUCCUUGGGAAAGCCCUGCAAGCUUUAUUGCACGGAGCCUCGGCGGAUUUCGGCCAUAUCUUUAGCUCGCCGCGUGAGUGAAGAGCUCGGCGAGAACAAGAAUGACAUUGGCACAACGCGGUCUUUGGUAGGGUACUCGAUCAGACUCGAAGCCAACACGUCGAAGGAAACACGGCUUGUCUUUGCAACAACUGGAAUUGUUAUGAGAAUGCUCGAGGGCUCGAACGAGCUUGGUGAGAUUACACACCUGGUCCUUGAUGAGGUCCAUGAGCGAUCUAUUGACAGUGACUUCCUCCUUAUCGUCCUCAAGAAGCUGAUGACGAAGCGGAAAGAUCUGAAGGUGGUUCUGAUGUCCGCCACUGUGGACGCGGAGCGCUUUUCGAAGUAUUUUGGUGGCGCAACCGUACUGAAUGUGCCUGGGCGCACCUUUCCCGUCAAGGUCAACUAUCUUGAGGAUGCGAUUGAGUUGACAGGACAUACUGUGGACAAGCGCGUCAAGGAGAAGCUGGUAGAUCUUGACGACGACGAGGCAGAGAUCACUGAGCCAGACAGCUCUACCAAACCGGAUCUCAUCAAAACCCUGCAGAACUACUCGACCCGGACUCGCAACACACUGUCGCAGAUCGACGAGUACCAAAUUGACCACGAACUUAUCGUUCAGCUCAUUGGGCGGAUUGCUGUCGAUCCCUCCUACGCUGACUAUAGCAAGGCUAUACUUGUCUUCCUCCCCGGAAUUGCGGAAAUCCGGGCACUCAACGACAUGCUCCUGGGUGACAGAUUCUUCCAGCAGAACUGGGUCAUCUACCCCAUGCAUUCCACCAUCGCUUCAGAAGAGCAAGAAGCUGCAUUCCUGAUACCACCACAAGGAUACAGGAAGAUUGUUCUCGCGACUAACAUUGCGGAGACCGGAAUCACGAUCCCAGAUGUCACAUGUGUGAUAGAUACUGGCAAGCAUCGCGAGAUGCGCUUCGACGAGCGGCGCCAGCUCUCAAAGUUGAUCGACACGUUCAUCUCCAAAGCGAACGCAAAACAGCGCCGUGGAAGGGCAGGGCGUGUACAGGAAGGCCUUUGCUUUCACCUAUUCACGAAAUACCGACACGACACCAUUAUGAGCGAUCAGCAGACACCGGAAAUGCUGCGAUUAUCGUUGCAAGACCUCGCAAUUCGUGUCAAGAUAUGCAAGAUCGGCGGCAUCGAGGAGACCCUCAGUGAGGCACUCGACCCGCCCUCGUCAAAAAACAUUCGCAGGGCAAUCGACGCCCUGGUCGAUGUUCGUGCCUUGACCUCCGGAGAGGAGUUGACACCAUUAGGCCAGCAGCUCGCAAGACUGCCACUGGAUGUCUUCCUGGGCAAGUUGAUCCUCAUGGGCACAGUCUUCAAGUGCCUGGACAUGGCCGUCACGGUAGCAGCGGUCUUGUCCUCCAAGUCACCAUUCGUCGCGCCUUUUGGCCAGCGUAGCCAGGCGGAUACCGUCCGUCUGGCGUUUCGCCGAGGGGACUCCGACCUUCUCACAGUGUACAACGCCUAUCUUGCUUGGAAACGAGUCUGCCAGUCCUCUGCAUCGACAGGCGGCCAGGAGUUCCAGUUUUGCAGAAAGAACUUCCUCAGCCCGCAGAAUUUGGCCAACAUUGAGGACCUGAAGGGUCAAUUACUGGUAUCGCUGGUGGACUCGGGCUUCUUGCAGCUAACAGAGGAAGAACGCCGCAACCUGAACCGCUUGCGCUACUCUUCCGGCUCCGGAGGCCGGCGACGAAACCAGGCCUUCUUUGAUCUCCCGCAGCGGGUCAACAUCAACAGCAACAAUGAUAUAAUAUCCCAGUCGGUCAUCGCCUGGAGCUUCUAUCCGAAGCUACUGGUCCGAGAUGUACCAGGCGGAAAAGGCCUGAGAAACGUUGGUAACAACCAAUUCACGAACGCCCAUGAGACGACUGCUGUCGAGGCUUUCGCAAUCGCCCUACAGUGCGGUGACGUUCGCGCCGAUAUGUACUCGGGUGUGCUCGUCCUCGACGGUAACAGGGCUCGCUUUGCCAUCCCCGACUGGAAGACGAUGCUGGUGAUCAAGGUUCUCCGCGCUCGGCUGCGCGACACGUUGACUAGGUCCUUCAAGAACCCAGGCAAGCUACUCACGGCGCAGCACGAGAAGUGGAUGCAUGUAUGGCAGGAUAUCUUUUCGCAGGAACAGCUCUUUGGCGACAAGAGCAGCAGCGGAGCAGCGGGUGGAAGUCGGGGCACGGCCUAG